AUGAAGGAUCUGGAGAGCGAACUCUUCAACUAUACUACUGGGCGUUUCCUGCAAGUCUCUUACAUCUUUGCCAACGACGCCCUUCGCCUCCGAGAGCGUAGGCGCAUCUUCGACAUCCCCGGACUCUUUAAAAUCAUUGCUGAGGCACUCCAUUGCAAGACUGAAGAGAUCGUCGGCUUUCGAAAGCUCGGAGAGGGUGGCUUCAAACGUACCUUUCUCAUCACCUUAGACACCGGCUUCCGGCUCAUAGCGCGCAUUCCGUAUCCCCUCCUGAUUCCCAAGGCGUACGCUCUCGCCAGCGAAGUCGCUACCAUGGACUUCCUUCGUUCCAAAGGCCUUCCCAUUCCCAAGGUCUACGCGUAUUCCUCUACGCCAAAGAACGAGGCCGAGACGGAAUAUAUUCUAAUGGAGUACGUUGAAGGCACCGACUUGAGCCAGAUAUGGUUCGACCUCAAGAAAGAUGAAAUUAUCUCACUUAUGGGCCAACUCGCGAAGGUCGAGUCUACUAUGAUGUCCAUCUCUUUUCCCGCUGGCGGGAGCAUCUAUUAUGCCAGAGACCUGAAGAAUCUGUCUAGGAACGAAGGCAUCCCACUCGAGGAGGACGAGGGCACCUCACCCGAGAAGGAGCGAUUCUGUAUAGGCCCUGAUGUAUCGGUACCGUUGUGGUAUGGGCGAAGGGAACAACUGGACGUAUUCCGAGAACCAUAUAAAGACGCCAAAUCGGUGCUGAGCUCGUCCUACCUCGACCGGUUCGGCUCACCGAGGGCACCUUACCAACGCUUCCGAAGGGAGUACUAUAACUACAAGAAGCAGCCACCGUCGGACCACGCCGAGAACCUUCAUCGCUACCUCCGUCUCGCACCGUCUCUCGUGCCAGACGAUGACUCCCUCAGCGCUUUCUGCAUCCGCCACCCCGACCUCACCGACAGCAAUCUCAAGGUUUCGACAGAUUCCAGCGGCUUGCAGAUCCUUAGCAUGUUGGACUGGCAGCACGCCACUAUCCUGCCCCUCUUCGUCCUCGCCGGUAUGCCCGACGUCAUCCAGAACGAAGAGGACGAAGUCUCUCGAAGGAUGGUCAAGCCUAAACUACCGGACGACUUCGACAAGCUAGCGGAAGAAAAGCAAGAAUGGGAGAUGGAACUCUUCCGUCGUCGUCUUGUUCACUAUCAUUACAUCGUGAGCACAGCGACGUACAACAGGAUCCACCGUCAAGGGUUUUGUCUACCCGUGUUUGGCUGGGAGAGUUUUGCGAAGGACGGCACACCUUGUCCGGUCGUGUUUACGGAGGACAAGAUAGCUGCGGCGAGGAUGCUGAGGGACAAUGUCGGCUGCGGGGAGGAGACUUGGGUGCCCGUCACUCAGUACGAGGAAGCCAAGGCAAUCGGUCAGGACAUAAAGCGGAGAACAUUAGAGGCAUUCGCGGAGGACGAAGAGACGACGGAGGAGGCAUACGCUAUGAUCGAGGCGAACUGGCCCUUGGACGAUAUGGACGAAGAGUUAGAGGAGUACAAGUAA